UUCUUUCUUUCUUAAACUCGUUGUAUUUAGUUAGUUACCGACCACACACUCCAUCGUCACUCUCUGCUCAGCCCACUACCGUCAUCGGCGACACUCCACAGCACCUAACAUGGAGCCAGAAGACGACAAGUCAGAAACAUCGACAACCAUCAGCACCCUACCGGACUCGAUCCUCUGCCACAUCCUCUCCUUCCUCCCAACCAGAACAUCCAUAGCCACCAGCGUCCUCUCCCGCAGGUGGCGCCACCUCUGGAAGCACCUCCAUGUCCUCAACCUUGACGGUUACUCCUUUAACACCCCUGAACUUUCACGAGACCACGUAGAAGAUCGCUUCGUUGAUUUCGUCAACGAGGUUCUACAACAGGUUCAAGUUCGUCGCAUCCAGAAGUUCCGCCUCGAGGGUGAGGUGCGAAAUUACUCCUGUACCCUCUCAUUUUGGAUCGACGCCGUUACUUCCGGGCCUCACCUCCAAGAACUGUACCUCUCUCUUUGGAACUCCAGUGGCUCCUUUUACACAUUACCUUACAGUGUUUUCUCUUGCACCUCACUGGUCUCACUCAUCUUGAAAGGUAAUAUUAUUGUUUCUUUUGAUAAUCUUCAAUCUCUUCAGUUGCCAUCUCUCAAGAACUUAGACUUGGAAAUAAUCUCUACUGAACUUGACAAGCUUUUAUCCCUCUGCCCUGCGCUUGAAACUCUCAAGGUCUUUAUAUUCUUUAAUUCCGGUGGCAUUGAUCCAAAUGAAAUCCACGUGCCUCGUUAUUUGAAGAGAUUAACUCUCGAGAGCGAAGCUUGCGAUUCGACGGUUGAUCAUCUUGAGAUACACACGCCGUCUCUUGAGUACCUUGAUAUUGCUUUAGUAGCUUGUUACUCGCAGAUUUCGGUUAGGACUUAUCCGAACCUGGUUGAAGCAUGUCUGAAUAUUUGUUUUGAUGAUAUGCAUAUUGAUUGGAUGCCCAAGCUUCUCAAUGCAGUCUGCGGAACAAAAUUUCUUGCCUUGCAAGCUUCAACAACCGCGUGUUUGAUUUGUGUUCCAUCUCUAGAGUUUCCCCAAUUCUGCUGUUUGGUUAGGCUGCAAAUUGGUUUUGAAUUUUUCAACUCCAGAGUGCUAAUAGACUUGCUUCACUGUUGUUGCAAGCUUGAAGCUCUCUUAAUUCAUGCAUGUGAGUCGGUAAGUUACGGUUGCUUGUAUGGGGAACCUGUUGAACCUUGCAGCUGGACACAACCGGUGAGUGUUCCAAGUUGUGUUGUAUCACACCUGAGCCUUAUUGAGUUUAGAGAAUAUGAAGACUUGGAAGAGGAGCAUGAAUUCAUUGCAUAUGUUAUAGAAAGAGGACUUGUUUUGAAGACAGUAACAAUUCAUACUAGGACUUUUACUGAUCAAGAGAUAAAAGAUCAUAUUCUCAAAAAAUUGUCUGCUGUCCCAAUGGGCUCAAGCAUUUGCCAACUUAAAGGGCGGGUAGGGGCGGAUAGGGGCGGGGCAGGUUAUUUUGAACCUCCAGAGCAACUGGAAAUGGAAGAAGAAGAAGAAGAAGACAAUCUAGAAACAGCAACAACCAUUAAUAUGGAUAUGAUAAGCACCAUACCGGACUCGCUUCUCUGCUACAUCCUUUCGUUCCUCCCAACCAGAGAUUCUGUUGCCACUAGCAUCCUCUCUCGCCGGUGGCGCCACCUUUGGAAAGAGCUUCAAGUAUUGGACCUCGAUGAUGGUCCCUUUUGCAACCCCGAACGUUCAGCAGAGGAAAUGGAUGAGUGUUUUAUUGCUUUCAUCAAUGCAGCUCUAUCCCGGUUUCCCCACAUCAAGAAGUUUUGCCUCUCCUGCGAGGUACUUUGCGAGGAUGACUUUAGAUCUUAUAUCAAUGCUGUCACUGGACCCUACCUUCAAGAACUGUUUGUCUCUCAGAUGUAUUCUCUUGAGAAUUAUGGAGUCCCUUGUGGAAUUUUCACUUGCCCUUCACUUGUGUCCCUCUGUUUAAAAGGUUAUAUUUCCAUCGAAGAUGAAGAUCUUCAAUCUGUUCAUUUGCCAUCCCUCAAGAACCUAGAGUUAGAUGUCAAAUACGUGAAUGCAGACAAGAUUUUAGGUUGCUGUCCUGUUCUUGAAACUCUUAAGCUCACCCUGGAUCGGGUUGAAUUUCCUACAAUCCGUAUGCCUAUUAGUACAUUGAAGAGAUUAACUUUUCAAGACGACUAUCAUGGCGAAGUUGUUGAGCAUUUGGAGAUAGAGACCCCAUCUCUUGAGUACCUUCAUGUCUCGUUAUGGGGUCGUUACCUCCGGUUUUCAGUUACUGAUUUUCCAAACAUGGUGGAAGCACAUCUUGAUCUUUGGAGUCAUCAAGAGGAUGAGCAUAUUGGUUGGAUACCUGAGCUUCUCAAAGCAGUCUGCAAAACAAAAUUACUAAGGUUGGGAUCUUCAAUAACCGGGAGCUUGCUUUGUGCUCCACCUAUAGACUUUCCCAAAUUUGGUUGUUUGCUUCAUUUGCAACUUCGCUUUGGAUCUUUCAAAUCUAGAUUCCUACUAGACUUGCUUCAUUGCUGUCAUAAACUUCAAGUUCUCAUUAUUCAGAAUGAACUCCAUGGUCAUGGUCCUCCCUUGAACCAGAAAUCAAUGUUACAGCCAACCAGUGUUCCUAAUUGUGUUACAUCACACUUGAACACUUUUGAAUUUGGAGGAUAUGAAGACUCUCUAGAAGAGCAUGCUUUUGUUGCAUAUAUUCUACAAAAUGGCCUUGUUUUAAUGAGAAUGAUGAUUCAUACUUAUACCAGUUAUGGUGAAAAGAUAAAAGAUCAUAUUUUCAAGGAAUUGUCUAUAGUACCGAGGGGCUCCAACAAAUGCCAACUUACAGUUGACUGACUAAUCAGUAUAUGCUGAUGGUACAGACUCUGACCUUUGCUUUCUGUAGAACUUUAUGUUUUCUUGUGGUGUGCCUAAUAAACUGUGAAGACUAAAUCUUUUUUAAAAUUUCAUGUUUCAUUGUUCACCUGAA